CUCAUCCCGACUGUGAGUUUAGCCAGCUGUCAGUUCGUGUCGCUGCUUUAACACUUAUGUUUUGUGCCAGUAUUUCCUUGUCAGUGACUUUAUAAUAAAGGCUUCGUUCGACAAAAUGCCCAGAGGAGGUAAGAAAGGUGGCCACAAGGGUCGCGUGCGGACGUACACCAGCCCCGAGGAGAUAGACGCCCAGAUGAAGGCAGAGAAGGAGAGGAAAAAGCAAGAGCAGGAGGCGGAGGAGGCGGGUGCAGCUCAGAAUGACAUGGCAGAGGAGAAGCUACCAGCAUCAGGAUCAGAGGACAGCGAUGAUGAAAAUUCCCUGAGGCGGAGAGCAGGCGUGGAGGGCUUGAUAGAAAUCGAGAACCCCAACAGAGUGGCUCAGAAGUCCAAGAAGGUGACGCAAAUUGAGCUGGAUGAGCCCAAGCAGCUAUCGAGGAGAGAGAGAGAGGAAAUUGAGAAGCAGAAAGCGAAGGAGCGCUACAUGAAGAUGCACUUGGCAGGGAAGACAGACCAGGCCAAAGCUGACCUCGCUCGCCUCGCCAUCAUCAGGAAACAGAGAGAAGAGGCGGCAAGAAAGAAAGACGAAGAGAAAAAAGCAAAAGAAGCAGCAGCAGCAGCGGCCAAAGGAAUGAACUCCCUCUCAUUGAAAUGAUGCACAGUAUAUAUCAGAGGCACUUUCACAUGUUCAUGGACUGGCGCAAUAUAUAUUUGACUAUUUUUAAAGGAGGAGCUAUGAUGUUGACAUUACUGUAACGAAUGACCAUUUGGGAAAAAUGGUUGAGGAGACACCAGUGGAGAGGGGUUGUGUAUAUUUUGGCAUGGAGUCAUGACCUCGUUAAUCCCUCUGGGAGGUAAAGCUACAUUUGAGAAUACGAUGGUCGUCAUGUACACUUGGAAUGAACCUCUUCUAACCUAUGAUCUUGUACAUGGUAUUAAUAAUGGUAUCUUUAUCAUUGUAUAAUUCCAACUUUGCUAACUGAGCUUUGCCACCAUGUUUUGUUUUGUUUUUUAGGCGGGGGGGAUGGGGAGAUCUUACAUUGUACAUAACAGACUCAUGAAAAUAUUUCAGAUUAAUAUGAUGAAACCAGUAAAAUGUGUGCAUGUCUUUACUUGCUCUAUUUACCUUUGAGAACACUAUCACAAUUGCUUUAGAGCAGGCUCUAACAGUCUCAGGUACAAGAGUCCACUGAUAUGAAAGUUAGAGUCAAUAUAGCAGAUGUUUAUUUUGGACUAGUAGGAGG